AUGUUGCUCUUUGAUCCCGCUAGUUGGGCUACGGUUGCACUUCUUGUGUCGUCAGUUUCAGCUUUGCAAAUCCUGCAAGACACCACUACAAGUGGUGGUGGUGGUAGGAAUGUUGUCAACGAUGGUCUUUUCGUCAACCCUGGUGUGUACUAUUCGGUGGUGGGAAGUUCUUCCACAAGCAUCAAUGGUGACAUUAACAACAAGGGCCAGAUCUUCGUUACAUCCACAAGUAACUGGGCCUCGCUGGUUCAGCUUAAUUCUGGAAGUUUGGACAACUCGGGAGAUAUUGCCUUGAACGGUACCAAAGCUACGUUUGGUACUUACUACAACUUGAACGCAGACAGAGACUUUGUUAACACAGGUAACAUCUGGAUUGCUUUGCCUGGUUUCACUGCAACUACCCUUUUCGGUACUCCUGCAAUUACCCUUGGUUCUGGUAAUGCUUUCAGCAAUGGUAAGUGGGAGAACACUGGUAGAAUUCAUUUGACUCAACCUCAAGGUACAAGAGCCUCUGCCGCUGUCAUUACUACUGGUUCCAUCUUUGGCGGUGGAAGUAUUGUCAAUCUGGGUGCUGUCUGUCUUGGUAACAUUAACUGGGUGCAAUCUGUUGGUAUCGACGGUACUGGAUGUGUUAACAUUGGCUCAGGUGCCCAGAUGACUCUUGCUACCGCUGGUUACACUACCAACCCUCAACAGGAAUUCUUCAUGUCUACUUCCAACUCGCUGGUUCUCGUCUCCUUGGACGCUAACAAUGCUGCUCAGAGAACAUAUACUAUUGGCGGUUUUGGUAACGGUAACCGUAUCAAGACCAAUCUUGGUUUCAGUGACUACUCCUACAACAACGAUACAUUGUCCUUUACUGGAUUGUUUGGCCUUUUUAAAAUCAACAUGAAGAUUGGAGAGGGAUACGACCCAGCUCUCUUUGCUACUGACAGAAACCUUCUUGGAGGCCAUACUUAUAUCACCUAUAACGGUCCAGUUCCUGCAGGCACUGAUACCCCUACCAAGUGUUUAUGUGAGGAUAUUCCUGAACCUCCGGAACUACCAGAGGAACCAAGUGCUUCCCCAUCGGCUUCUCCUUCCCCUGAACCUUCUCCAUCGGCCAAACCUUCUCCUUCAGACAAUGAUGGAUCGUCUCCAUCCGAUUUAAAUGGGUCGUCCCCAUCUGACGGUUCCUCGCCAUCAGAUAAUGCCAACAACGGAUCUGGAAACAACGGAUCUGGCUCAUCUCCAUCUGAUGGAUCUUCUCCUUCUGACGGUGCCAGCAACGGUAAUGGCUCGAACGGAUCUGGUUCUAAUGGUUCUGGCUCAUCUCCAUCUGAUGGAUCUUCUCCUUCUGACGGUGCUAACAACGGUUCUGGAUCAAACGGUAACGGCAGCAAUGGCUCUGGUUCUAACGGUUCUGGCUCUUCUCCUUCUGGUGGUUCUUCUCCUUCUGACGGUGCUAACAACGGUAAUGGCGCUAAUGGCUCUGGAUCAAACGGUUCAGGCUCUUCUCCUUCUGAUGGAUCUUCACCUUCUGAUGGCGCCAAUAACGGAUCUGGCUCUAAUGGUAAUGGCUCUAACGGGUCAGGCUCUAACGGCUCUGGUUCUUCUCCAUCCGAUGGAUCUUCUCCAUCUGACGGCGCCAGCAACGGUUCUGGUUCAAACGGUUCUGGCUCCAACGGAUCUGGUUCUAACGGUUCUGGAUCUUCUCCAUCUGACGGUUCCUCGCCAUCUGACGGUGCUAACAAUGGCUCUGGUUCUAACGGUUCUGGUUCGAAUGGUUCUGGAUCCAACGGCUCUGGCUCGUCUCCUUCUGACGGUUCCUCGCCAUCUGACGGUGCUAACAACGGUAAUGGCUCUAACGGCUCUGGCUCGUCUCCUUCUGACGGUUCCUCGCCAUCUGACGGUGCUAACAACGGUAAUGGCUCUAACGGCUCUGGAUCUUCUCCAUCUGCCGGUUCGUCUCCUUCUGACGGUGCCAACAACGGUUCGAAUGGCUCUGGAUCUAACGGCUCUGGCUCCAAUGGCUCUGGAUCUUCUCCUUCUGAUGGAUCUUCUCCUUCUGAUGGAUCUUCUCCUUCUGAUGGCGCCAACAACGGAUCUGGUUCUAACGGCUCUGGCUCCAAUGGCUCUGGUUCUUCGCCAUCUGAUGGUUCGUCUCCAUCUGACAAUGCCAACAACGGUUCUGGUAACAACGGUUCUGGUUCGAAUGGCUCUGGAUCAAACGGUUCUGGCUCGUCUCCAUCUGCCGGCUCGUCUCCUUCUGAUGGCGCCAACAACGGUUCUGGAAACAACGGAUCUGGUUCUAACGGAUCUGGUUCUUCUCCAUCUGCCGGUUCGUCUCCUUCUGACGGUGCUAACAAUGGUUCUGGUUCUAACGGAUCUGGUUCGAAUGGCUCUGGAUCAAAUGGCUCUGGAUCUUCUCCUUCCGAUGGUUCAUCUCCUUCUGACGGUGCCAACAACGGCUCUGGCUCCAACGGCUCUGGCUCGUCUCCUUCCGAUGGAUCUUCUCCAUCUGAUGGUGCCAACAAUGGUUCUGGAUCAAACGGUUCUGGAUCUUCUCCAUCCGAUGGAUCUUCUCCUUCCGACAGUGCUAACAACGGUUCUGGAUCAAAUGGUAACGGCAGCAAUGGCUCUGGCUCCAACGGCUCUGGCUCCAACGGCUCUGGCUCGUCUCCUUCCGAUGGAUCUUCUCCAUCUGAUGGUGCCAACAACGGCACUGGUUCAAACGGUUCAGGCUCUAACGGUAAUGGCUCGAACGGCUCUGGAUCUUCUCCAUCUGCCGGUUCGUCUCCUUCUGACGGUGCCAACGGAAAUAAUGGCUCUGGCUCCAACGGAUCUGGUUCUAACGGAUCUGGUUCUAACGGAUCUGGAUCUUCUCCUUCUGCCGGUUCGUCUCCAUCAGACAAUGCCAACAACGGUUCAGGCUCUAAUGGUAAUGGCUCUAACGGGUCAGGCUCUAACGGUUCCGGCUCGUCUCCUUCUGGUGGUUCUUCUCCUUCUAACAAUGCCAACAACGGUAACGGCUCGAACGGUUCCGGCUCGUCUCCUUCUGGUGGAUCUUCUCCUUCUGACGGUGCUAACAAUGGUUCUGGAUCAAACGGUUCUGGUUCGAAUGGCUCUGGUUCUUCUCCAUCUGACGGUUCCUCGCCAUCUGACGGUGCCAACAACGGUAACAACGGUUCCGGCUCCAAUGGCUCAGGAUCCUCUCCUUCUGGUGGAUCUUCUCCUUCUGACGGUGCUAACAACGGUUCUGGAAACAACGGUUCUGGUUCGAAUGGUUCUGGAUCCAACGGCUCUGGAUCCUCCCCAUCCGACGGAUCUUCUCCAUCUGACGGUGCCAACAAUGGUACGGGCUCAAACGGUUCUGGCUCUUCUCCUUCUGGUGGUUCUUCUCCUUCUGAUGGUGCUAACAACGGUAACGGCUCGAACGGUUCCGGCUCCAAUGGUUCCGGCUCGUCUCCAUCUGAUGGCGCCAACAACGGUAACGGCGCUAACGGCAACGGUUCAAAUGGUAAUGGCUCCGGUUCUAACGGUUCAGGCAUAGAUGGCUCUGGCUCUAACGGUUCUGGAUCUGAUGGCUCUGGUGCAAAUGGUUCAGGCUCUGAUGGCUCUGGCUCUAACGGUUCUGGAUCUGAUGGCUCUGGUGCAAAUGGUUCUGGAUCUAAUGGCUCUGGCGCCAACGGUUCCGGCUCUGAUGGUUCUGGUGCUAAUGGUUCUGGCUCAGGCGCUAACGGUUCUGGUGCUAACGGUUCUGGUGCUAACGGUUCUGGUGCUAACGGUUCUGGCUCUAACGGUUCUGGUGCUAAUGGUUCUGGCGCUAAUGGUUCUGGUUCUGAUGGUUCUGGCUCAGGCGCUAACGGUUCUGGUGCUAACGGUUCUGGCUCUAACGGUUCCGGUUCUGAUGGCUCUGGAUCUGAUGGUUCUGGUGCUAACGGUUCUGGAUCUAAUGGCUCUGGCGCCAACGGUUCCGGCUCUGAUGGUUCUGGUGCUAACGGUUCUGGUGCUAAUGGAUCAGGCUCUAACGGUUCUGGAUCAGAUGGCUCUGGUGCCAACGGUUCUGGCGCUAACGGCUCCGGCUCUAGCAGUUCUGGUGCUAACGGUUCCGGUUCCGGUUCUAACGGUUCUGGAUCUAACGGUUCUGGUACUAACGGCAACGGUUCUGGUGCUAACGGCACUGGAUCUAAUGGCUCAGGCUCUAACGGUUCUGGUUCUAACGGCUCAGGUGCCAAUGGUUCUGGAUCAGGCUCUGGAGCCAACGGUUCUGGUAUCAAUGGUGCUCUCACGACUUUCACUACUACUGAUGCCCACGGUAACCCUGUUACUGAAUCCGGUGUUAUUGUCGUAACUACUGAUUCUGCUGGUUCUUUGACAACCUCCACCUCGUUGUUCAAGCCUUCAAGAUACACUACAACGCUUGAGACUACUGAUGGUAAGGGUAAUGUUGCCACGAAGACUGCAAUUGUUUGUGACACCACUGCAUCUGAUGGUGUUCGUACAGUUUACACCACUGUAUGCCCAGAGACUACAGCCUUCGUAUCCACACUCGCUGACGGCUCGAAGACCACUCUCACUGCUGCUAUUGUCGAAACUACCAUCCACGGUGUUGUCACCUCAUAUACUUCGGUGUGUCCUCCAGCCAGCUCCUACGUUUCUACUUACAAGAACACCAAGUCUGAUGGCCUGGUUGAGACUUCCCUGUGUACCGUCGUUGUCCAAACUGACGUCUACGGAGAGGUGCACACAUCCACCUUGUCUUCUGGCUCGGCUUCACAGGGAGCCGCCGGCGCUCCAAAGGCUCCUGGUGCUACUCCAACCCCUGCUGCUGCCCCAUCUGCUGCAAGCGCUUCUGCUUCUCCUAACAGUGUUGCUCCACCAGCUAGUGUUCAAAGUUACAAGGGCGCUGCCUCUUCCCCAAGACUUGGUCUCGAAUGGGUCCUUCCUCUUGGUCUUUUCGUCUUCUUCUAG